UGUCGGCAGCAGCAGGAGGAGGAAUGUAAAUAUUUAGUUCUUGUUCUUGCAACUCUCGGUGUGCGUACAUGUGCGUGUGUUUAUGUGCGAGUGAAAAGUUUUGAAGAAGAAAAUGCUUGAAGUCGGUAGUACCAACGGGUGCGAGAUAGAUGGCGAUCUUGGGAAAUGGUGAGUGGGACGGAGAGGGAGAGAAAAAAUCGACGCCGUGGAAUCAAAUAACGCAUACGAAAGGGGCGGCGUCGCGGCUGCGUCAAAUUUUCCCGACGACGUCAGUUGAAUCCGUGCCACCGUCAGGUCGCAACGCCAGUUUUCCCCUGAUCCUCCCCCACAGCUAGAGAGAGAGAGAUAGGAGAAAAUUAAAGCAAGAAAAACAGUACUCGAAUUUUCCGCACCGCUCGAAAAAUUCCGCGCAACAAGAAAACGACAAACAACAGCAAUAACUACAAUCAGGAAACGCGCACCAAUCUAUAAGAGCCAUGCUGUGUUGAUCAAAAGUUUUGUAGAAGUCUGUUCAUAUUUGAUUUUUUGUUUUUUUUCUUUAAUUUUCGAACAACUCCGAGUUGCUGUUCUAGCUUGUUAUUUAACGUGCGUGCUUUCGGUUGGAUUGUGUUGAUUGCUGCCGUCCAGGGGAGGAGAGAAGAAAAGCGGAUGAUGGGGGACCGAUGAAAGCAUUGACCAGCAGCGAGAUGGCUUGUUUCCUGGAGCGGAGACCAGUUCAAAGCUAGAAAGCCAUGAAUCUAAUCAACAUGGACGCCGAGAACCGGGUGGUUUUGAACGUGGGUGGUAUAAGACACGAGACUUACAAGGCAACACUGAAGAAGAUUCCGGCCACUCGGCUCUCCAGGCUUACCGAGGCGCUUGCCAAUUAUGAUCCUAUCCUCAACGAAUACUUCUUCGACCGGCAUCCAGGGGUCUUCGCCCAAGUUCUUAACUACUACAGGACUGGAAAAUUGCAUUAUCCUUCGGACGUGUGCGGCCCAUUGUUCGAGGAGGAAUUGGAGUUUUGGGGAUUGGAUGCGAACCAAGUGGAGCCCUGCUGCUGGAUGACGUACACACAGCAUCGCGACACCCAGGAGACAUUGGCGGUAUUGGAUCGAUUGGAUCUGGACACGGAGAAGCCGAGCGAUGAGGAAAUUGCACGGAAGUUCGGAUUCGAGGAGGACUAUUUCAAGGGCACCCUCUCAUGGUGGCAGGUCACCAAACCCAAAGUAUGGUCACUAUUUGAUGAACCCUACUCUUCGACAGCUGCUAAAGUGAUUGGUGUACUCUCUGUGUUCUUCAUCUGCAUCUCCAUACUCUCGUUCUGCCUGAAGACACAUCCGGACAUGAAGGUGCCGAAAUUGUGGCGCGUCAACGUGACGACGGCGGACAACAGGAGUGACUACGUCUUCGAGAAGACGGAAACGGAAGCACACGUCGCUUUCUUCUACAUCGAGUGCAUCUGCAACGCGUGGUUCACAUUCGAGAUCAUCGUCAGGUUCAUCACGUCGCCGAACAAGUGCGAGUUCAUCAACUCCUCGGUGAACAUCAUAGACUACGUGGCCACGCUCAGUUUCUACAUCGAUUUGGUGCUGAGGAAGUUCGCCUCGCACCUAGAGAACGCCGACAUUAUGGAGUUCUUCUCGAUCAUCCGCAUCAUGAGGCUGUUCAAACUGACGCGCCACUCCUCCGGUCUCAAGAUUCUCAUACAGACUUUUCGCGCGUCCGCCAAAGAACUCACGCUUCUCGUGUUUUUCCUCGUCUUAGGUAUUGUGAUCUUCGCUAGUUUAGUGUAUUACGCCGAACGCAUACAGACUAAUCCCCAUAACGACUUCAAGAGCAUACCUCUGGGCCUGUGGUGGGCUCUGGUCACCAUGACCACAGUCGGAUAUGGAGAUAUGGUGCCUAAGACAUACAUAGGCAUGUUUGUUGGCGCCCUAUGCGCACUAGCUGGUGUACUCACCAUAGCCUUGCCAGUUCCAGUCAUCGUAUCCAACUUUGCCAUGUACUAUAGCCAUACUCAGGCGAGGGCGAAAUUGCCGAAGAAACGUAGGAGAGUGCUGCCCGUGGAGCAGCCGAGAGGACCGCGACUUCCAGGCCAAGGACAGAAUACGGGAUGCCCAUCAUCGAUGCAAGCAGGAGGACCAAUGGGCUCUAACGUCCAGAAUCGUAGGAUGAACGCCAUAAAGUCGAACCAUCCAAAGGAGAUGAUGACUGGAGCUCAGAAAAUUGGUGCGCUCUCCGUGGGUGUCGCUGCCCAACUGAACCCGAACGGUGUCAAGGUCGAUGCCAUUUCCGUGUCCCCAUCAAGCAACCCCAGCAGCGAUACAACCGCCCUCGCAGCCGCCGCCGCCGUCGCCGCAGUGACGACCACCUCGACCACAAUCAACAUCAGCUCUUCGUCGCCUCCGCCGCUACCGCCGCCACUCCAGCCGACCUCCAAGGAUCAGCAGAAGAGUACCCAAGUCGAUUUGGAUCCAAGCACGGGUCAAUGUUUCACCAGCGUCAGACCCAUCAAACUGUAAUAACGCUGCCUGAAAGCCCGCUCCCCCCAUGAACCGGAAACACGGAAAUCUUAUUUGUGUUGCUCGCAGGGCCGUACCGUAGGGUCCUGCAGCCACAAAAAAAAUACCGACCCUUGCCCUCCCUAAAAUUUUGGCAUUUUUUUUACACUCCAUCCCCUUAUAAUUUUUCGAAAGCCUUACUCGAAAGGGGGAUGAACUCAAAGAAUACAUCAACAAGGAAAACAGAGAACAAAAAAAUAUGGAGUAGUGAUUUUUUAUAUAACAUAACUGCCAU